CGCGACGGCGGCAGUGUACUGUUUAUGCAAACCACUCGACGGAAUUCCGCGGUUAUAGAUCAUACUAAUAUGUUUCUGUCACCGUCCCCCCAGAGGCUUUAGGUUGAAUUUCGGUAAUGGCUCUUAUAAUAGCUUCCAACGUGACAGAAUGUUCAGGGGCCUCUUUUACUGGUUGCUAUGGUGACACGUUUCCUUGUAUCUGUGAAUGUAGGGAAAGGGAAAUAAUUAAUAGCUUGGAGGUGGAAUUGUUCAAAGAGCAGAGAGCAAAGUCAUUACACGCAUGUUGGUGAAUCGCAUGUGAAAGACGAUUGUGUGUUCGAUUGUUCGGCUUAUGAAGGGACGCACUGGUACUCAAAGCCAAGGAUAAAUCUUAAUGUACUGUUUCAAGUGUCAUAAGGCAGCUGCCGUUACUCAGAGUUGAAUGACUGACCACCACGUGACUGAAGGCUGAGAUGACCUCACCCGCGACACCGGCUACAUCAACACCGACGUCAUGUCCCACAUACCCACCGUGACCGACAGCAGCAUCACCAGCCGGCUUUUGUCUCUCCUCAACCUCACCCACGACGACGUGCUGCUGGACGAUAGCACGCCCCCUGACGGCGAUGACGUGCCGCGCGCAUGCCAAGGCUGGCUGGAUGCGCAGCACACGCUGUUCCAGAUGGCCAGUCUGUCGAUGCUGAUCUCCUUCCUGACGCCCAGCAGCUACAAGUACCACGUGUUCUUCAUGCGAGUCGUCGUCCUCAUCGCCGUCGUCCUCUUCCUCCUGUGGGGGGCGCUGCUCGUCUGCAUGGUGGACGUGGUCGCGUGGAGCGCGGCCUUCACCUUGAUCGACGUCGUGCACAUCGGCUACCUGUGCGUGGUGCACUUCCCCGUCCAGACGCACCGACACCUGGAGGCCGUGUUCUCGAAACACUUCAAACCGCUCUCCGUCACGUGGGCAGAGUUCACGCGCCUCAGAAAGACGGGGGCGGAAGUGACGUUGCCUAAAGGAAGUAUAUACGCUAUUGAGGGCAUCACGCGCUGUGGGGAGAAGGUGUCGCUGCUCAUUAAAGGAAGGGUGCGGGUCACAUACGAACGUCUGUUUCUGCACAACAUAGAAGCCAACGAUUUCAUCGACUCGCUCGAGUUCGACUCCACCAUGCCGCACACAGAGACAGACGAGAGAUACCAGGUGACGAUCACCGUGUUACAGGAGAGCAGUCUUCUUACCUGGCAGUUCCCCGCCCUACAGGACCACCUGGACGAAAACCCGGAUUUGCGCACUGCGUUCAGGUACAUCAUAGGGAAGGACAUCUGCCAGAAGCUGUACCAGAUCCAGGAGCAGCUGCUGGCGAACCCGGACUACAUGCGCACGCUGCCCAGUCGACAGUCGUCCAUGGUGAACCUCAGAAACAGCCUCGUCCACCAGGACUCCAACAUCAGUUUAUCGAGACUCAACAAUCUCAGCGUUGUGAAUCGUCCACCAAGGAGUUCCAGUUUGAAAGUGAAACCAUUAAACGAGCAAACGAGUGUAUGAUGUGAAUACUGAACAAACCAGUGAAUGAUGUGAAUACUGAACAAACGAGUGUAUGAUGUGAACACUGAAAAGAAACAGUGUAUGAUGUGAACACUGAACAAACCAGUGUAUGAUGUGAACACUGAAUAAACGAGUGUGUGAUGUGAACAAUGAACAAACGAGUGUAUGAUGUAACCACUGAACAAUCAAGAGUAUGACAUGGACACUGAACAAACCAGCGUACCAUGUCAACACUGAACAAACCAGUGUAUGAUGUGAACACUGAACAAACCAGUGUAUGAUGUGAACACUGAACAAACCAGUGUAUGAUGUGAACACUGGACAAACCAGCAUACCAUGUGAACACUGAACAAACCAGUGUAUGAUGUGAACACUGCACAGACCAGCGUAUGAUGUGAACACUGCACAAACCAGUGCAUGAUGUGAACACUGCACAUCAGUUAGCAAUGAUCGGAACUGUAUUAUACACUGAACUGUAUCGUUCAUUAAAUACACGAGUGUAUGACUGUAUGACGUGAACAGUAACAUAUAUUACACACCACUCAACAAUCAGCAGCAGAAAUGGAUCUUAUAGUGAACAAACGAGAUUAUGACGUGAUCACUGACGUAUAUUACACAUUAAUCAACAGUCAUCGUGCGCUGAACACACGAGUGUUUGACUGUGAUGUGAACAGUGAAACACCUUACACAUAACUCGCCAACCAUGUGAACUGACAUCGUGCGUUGAACAAUGUCUGAACAGAGCUGUGAUGAAAUCAUCUUGCCGUGCCAGCAUUAAACAUAGAUGUGUUUAAUUCUGUCUUUCUAUCUUUUUAAAAUCCCCUACUAGUUCUAUAUAGUUUGUAUCUAUUACUGUCUCUUCCGUUUCUUCUUCGUUAUCUUCUUCUUCUCAUCCUUCUUCGUGUUCUAAGGUGCCCAAAUCUCUCUGCCAACGUGGAGUAAACAUUUUGAAGUGUCAACAUUUGAUACGCAUCUAUAUAUUAUACGUUUGUAUUUUGUAUUCUUCAUAGUUUUGUCGUCUUCUUUCUUCUUCGUCAUUUGAUGUUAGACAUAUGAUGCUGGAGAAACACUUAAUUAGAAACAUAAUAUAUAAGACUUAUGAAGAGGAUAAAACUGUCUAUUAUAAUAAAUGUUACAAAAAGCUCCGAACAAGUGUGAUAUGUCUGUCAUAAAGCUAUUCUCAGAUUGCCGUGUUUACCCGUUCCUGUGAUAAUUAUACGUGUUAUUGAGGUAGAUGCUAAUAGUUUCACUCUCUAUGUGUUCUACUCAAUUACUUACAUAUGGUAUCAGUCUAAUUCUUGAAAAUGUAAACCAAUCUAGAUUUUUUUUUUCGGACUCAUGUGCAUUCAUAAGCAUACUCUCAGCUGUGGGCAAAAUGAUUAGUAUAUCUCUUAGUCGUUUGACUCUACUUUUUUGGUUGAAAAGAUAAGGUGUAAUAUUGGAAGUGUAUCACAUUAUCAACUCCAGUGGGAUUAUCUCGGGAGUGAGCGCAACUCACAGUUAUAACAGAGCCUAUUUGUUGACGGUUUCAAGGCGGAGGGCAACAGCUUUAUCAUAACGAGUUCAACAGAUGAAGAUAAAAAAAAAUUCACUGUGAAAAAUGCUUUAAAUAUGUUCCUGAAUAUCCAUAUAUAGCGCCAUCUUGGCCCCGCCCACUCGGCGGCGCCCAUUCGACCCCGCCCACUGCUCGUAAAACUAUUCAAUGAAGACCAGAGUGAUUGUUAUAUUUUCUACAGAAAUGUUUAUUGGAUAUUAUUGUUAUUAUUAUUAUUAUUAUUAUUAUUAUUAUUAUUAUUUUGUAAUCUAUUUUUCAAGUGAAUAAAUUUAUAAUAUUUC